AUGGAUGCACUUGGUGGAGACUUUCCAGGGCCAUCAAGGGAUAUACGGCAGCAGAAAGCAAAUUUAGAGAGGCAGCUUAGAGAGAUGCGGCAACGCGAAGAAAACUUACAACGCCAGCUUAGCGAGAUGCGGCAACGUGAACAAAACUUACAAAGGCAGCUGAGGGAGACGCAGCAACGUGAACAAAACUCACAAAGGCAGUUGAGCGAGAGGCAGCAAAACUCACAAAGGCAGCUCAGGGAGAUGCAGCAACGUGAAGAAAAUUUGCGAAGACAGCUGAGAGAAAGGGACCAGGAAGUAAAUGAGCUAGAGUUAAGUCUUUCGUCAGCCCAACAAAUAAAAAGUGAACAGCAACAACAGGAAACAUGCGAUUGGGUCAUUUCCCGCGAUGAAAUUCAAAUGACCAAUAAAUGCCUUGGCAGGGGAGGCUGGGGCAGUGUUUAUGAAGGUGUGUAUUGUGGCUGUGCUGUAGCAGUAAAGCAAAUUCAUGAUCUGAUUCUCUCCCCUCAUAACAUACUUCUUUUUGAGAGAGAAAUGAAUAUUGCAUCCAAGUGCCGCCAUCCUCACUUACUACAGUUUAUCGGUGCCACUAACGAUGAAGGAAACCCUCUGUUUGUGACCGAGCUGAUGGAGAAAAGUCUGCGAGCUCUGUUAGAACAGCGACAACUCGCCGAAACAGAAAUACGCGUAAUUUCUCUGGAUGUAGCCCGAGCAAUUAACUAUCUUCAUCAGAAGAAACCAAAACCAAUCAUUCACCGGGAUGUGAGCAGUGCUAAUGUGUUGCUAUGGCAACAGGGUGACCAAUGGAGAGGCAAAGUGUCAGAUUAUGGCACUGCUAAUUUCAUGCAGCAGACCAUGACAGUAGCUGCUGGAGCUAUGAUUUACAGCGCUCCUGAAGCACUUACAUCAAACCAAACAGUCAAGGUAAGUUUUAGUAAAUUUAGAAUUUUUUUUAUUCAGCACUUUUUCAUCAACAUCUUCAGACUUCAAAGAGACGCGUUGGUGCAGUCAUCUUGAGCACGUAGCUACUUUAAGGCCAGGUUGUUCUUUUACGACACGAGAGAAACACUACUCCACUUUACCCUUCUUCACCUAGGCAUACAAUUAAAAGCAGCAAAAUAAUGUUGAAUCGGAUAGCCCUGUGCAGUGUGGAAUGGCAAUAUCUCUUACAGCUAAAGCCCCGGUCAAACGUUGGUAAUGGUGAUAGCUUAAACCAUCACCAUUUGAACUCAAUGGCUUCAUUAUUAUGGUCGUUUGCAGGUGUUUAUGCCACGAAGAAAAAUUUAGCUGCAGGCGUCUGUUGUGAUUUAAAUGUUCCUCAUUAGUUCUUCAGUUAAUCAUUUUGGCGACUUCGCAGAUAAAACUGAUAGGGUAGGUUUUUUAAACGAUGUCCAACUUAUGCCGCUGUUUAACAAAUCUUUGGACCUUCAGAUCUCUUCCUUAGUGGGUUCUUUUAAGAAGAUAAAUGCUUUUCUUGUCCACCUUACAUGCUCUAACGAAACUUUUCAUGUUAAAUGGUGUCCAUGCACAUAAAAGUGUUUUUGUCCAGAGUUUCAAUAAAAGUAAACAUAUUGUCUGUACGCUAGGACAAAGAACAUAUUGAUCAGUAGAGUUUCGACUGUAGAAGCAGAUAGGCCAAUAAACAAACACUGGAUGAAAAAACAGAUUUGAAAUGAGAUAAAUGUGGGACAAAUGUGGUCUAAAUAUAAAAUUUGUCAUAUUUGUUCACAUUUGUGCAAAGCACAAAUUAGACAUUUGUCUUUAAGACAAAUAGGAUAAUGAUGCAUUUGCUGUCUAAGACAAAUGUGAACAAAUGCUGUGUAAAUGUAGGACAAAUUUAACAUUUGCUUUGUGACAAAUACAGAUAAAUGAGCCAAACUGCAAACAAAUGUGUUCAAAUGUGUUCAAACUUUGUCAAAUAACAUAUUUGUAUGGACAAAUAUAGAGCAAAUUUUAUAUUGUAAAGUGAGCGUGCCAGGCCAGUACAUACGUACUACCCUUCUCUCUUUUCUUCCCUGGCAUCUACCCCUUUAUUGCUUCUUGCAAUUUGCACUUAACACUAGCUUUCAACCUUUCUUUAAAGUGGACUAAUGCUGCAGAAGUUCAUUCAACUCAACUUGGACAGGUUGAAAGACCAUCAGUUCGAUCCCUUUCCCCCUCAUUUAUCACAACCCUUGCCUGAAACCCUGAUAUAACGAAGACACUGCUAAAACAGUAACAAUCUCCAUUAUACUUCGUUCCUUGAAACUUCUUAAAUAUCAGAGUUCCAGUGUAAAGGGUGCAAGGUGAUUACAAUUUUUAAAGAAAAAUGACUCAAGAAUUUUAACUGACAAUUCUCAUUUAUUUCACAAAGAUUGUCCUGAUCUUACAAUUAACUGUAAAACAAAACUAAAACAUUAAGUUUAACAAGUGUCAGUUCAUUUCAGGAUGACCAAGUCAAAAGACUUUAUUAGGUAGAUAAAUAAACAGAGAGUGACCAGGUUGGGAUUGCAAAAAUCACUUUUUUUCCAAAGUGACCGUAAUGGGGUCUAUAAUAUGGCCACAGAGUAGACUAUCGGUAUACAGUAAUGGGAUAGGGAUACUGAGAGGCCAGCAGCACAUACCCAGUAAAAAUUAACCAUUAAAUAAAACUUUCCCUUCAGGUACCAUUGGUACAACAUCCAACAAAGUGUAUCUUUAGUUAAUUACCACAGGAAAGAUAACAAUCUUCACUGCACUUAGUUCCACUGUUAUUAGAGUAUGUAAUUUUAAAUAAUGGCUAUUAAAAACACCUCUGUUAAGUGGACACCUUGAGAUGGUCCCUGUUUCUCUUUAUAACUCACUCUAUUUGGAUCUCUAUAAGACGGAUAUACCGAAUCAGUAGUGCUGGUCCCAAAGGUGACCAUCUUAAAGAGAGUUGACUGUCCAGACAAAAUAUUCUUAUUUCUUAUAUUAAAAAUAUAUCUAAAUGCACUUUAGGAAAUACCAAUAACAAAAAGCAAAUGCCUCACAAUUGCCAAGGUUUGUUUGGGGGGCUAUUGAUACUUGCCAAAGGUAACAAAACUAAUGAAAUAGCUGACUUCUGGAGUGACUGCUAGAGGGUUUAAUGUACACUUGUCAUUAAUUAAUAAUGCUACAAAGACUUGACUAAAAUUUGGUAAACAGCAAAAAUUUCACAUAUCAUAAUAUAUUUUUGUACACGCAUCUUAAUGAUAGCUUGAGAAUUUGCAAAGUAAUCAAACACUAUACCAUUUGCACUCUUCAAUGUUUGCCACAGUUAACCAAAUAAUCCAAGUUGCAUUUAUAUAAGCUCUUAGAAAAUCCAUAACAUGUACUGUUAUUAAAAUCUAUAAACAAAUAAUGGACUUUGGACAUUUAAGCCAACAGUUAAACCUUGAUUAUCUGGACCUCAAUUAACCAACUUUUUGAUUAUCACAACUUUUCCUCUGGUCAAAGAUUUCUUAAAUGAAUAUUGCAAAUAAACGAGAAGGUAAUCCUAAGCCUGAUUUUCUUUUGGCUUCACAUCUUCGAAAGAGUCAUUGAAACGUUUUCUUUUGUCUUGGAAAAGCAAAGUUGGUACUUUUAUGUGAUGUCAGCCUGCAAGGAAAGUCGUGUCCGAUAGCCCGGGGCUAGUGGAUUUUGCUAUCGGGCUAGUGAUUUUUUUUCUUAACUUGCCUGAUGGGCAAGUGCUUUUUUUUGGAGAAAUUCAAAUUACCGAAGGAUUGUAAUCAAUCCUGCUAAUCAAAAAGGGUUUGGGGGCUAGUUGAAAUGACUUUGUGGGCUAGUGUGGGGUAGCUACAGCUUGCCAGAAUGGCAAACUGUAAAACUGACUUUCUUUGCACCCUGGAAGUAUAUGAUAAAUCAAGCUACCCUAUUAAGACAAAAAAAUGCCACAGUUGAUUAUCUUCUGUGGAAGGUAGCCUCAUACUACUAAUAACAUAUACUUUUCUAUUAUCUCCACUCUCUUUCUCAUUAAAUUCAUAUGAAUUCAUAUAAACAAGGUCAGGCCAGGUUGUGUAAUGCUGGUUUAUGCAAACUUUGAGAUGAGAUAGGAAAGCUUAUAAACAAAUUCACUUUAAAAGUUCUUUUUGUCUGCAAUUUGAUGAUUGGAUGCUCUAAAAAAGAAGAGCACAUUAAGUGUGAAAAUGUUUUUGAACGAAUGAAAAAGGAAACCAAAUUAUUUAAAAAUUUAUCCCCGUGUGGGUUCUAAUAAGCCUUAGAACAACUGGGCCUAGGCCUUGACUGAGAAGUGGCCUGAAUGUGGCUCAUGAUGGACCGUCAGGUGCUGGCCUCUCGGAUAUCCCACCCUCAAACCUGGGCUUUGCCAUAGCUCUGGCAUGAGGGAUAAGAUUCUUAAGGUAAACAACACCUGAGGCUGUGCUCUCCAGGUCACCCGUGGCAACUGACUUUUAAUCCUGAGUGUCUAAGGCCCAGUUCAAACAUUAAAAUUCACAUGCGCAGAACUUUAUUCCUAAUUUAGUCUACUUAAAUAGUUAAAUGCGGGAUUUGAUUUAAACGUCAAAUUUAACUCCCUAAACUCUGUUGAAUUUAACUCUGUUAAAAGUCAAUAUUCCCAGUAGUAUAAUAAUAAUUUACCAAAAUUCAUGCAUUAAGUUGGCACAUGUGAAAUGCGACGUUUGAAUCAAAAGUUGAACCUUAGUCAAAUCUUCAACUGUUUCAGUCACAGAUACGGCAAACAUCGCAUUUAAUUUAAACAGUCUUAUUUAAUUGAUUCAAACGUUGCACUUCACAUGCAUUUAACACUUGCGUUAAGUUUGGCUCAAGUGAAAUUCGACAUUUGAACCCAGCCUAAAAGAACGCUUUUCAUAGGAACCAUAUCUUGAACAGUGUGGAUUUCACAGUCUCAUAGCAAUGGACUCAGUCCAUUCAAAUUUUCUUUGAGCACAACCAUUUGGCUAGAAAAACAUUUUAACACUCAUGAGGUAAAAAAAUAAAACAUAAAUUUGUGAACAUACUCUUCUUCCACUUUAGAGCCACUUGUCAUGUUUUUUGUCAACCAUCUUUCUGCAUGUUGGAAACAAAACAAAAAUUAUAGUUGUAAAUUUACCAAAUAAAGUGCUAUGUUAGAUAAGCUUAAACUUAAGCUUUGAGACAGAAGCAUAUAACCCUGAUAAGGACUUCUGCUUUGAGAUAACCAUAAUCAUCCAUAAUAUACAUGUAUUUGGUUGCUUCCAACAGCAACUUUCUCCAGGCCAUCGAUCUCGUUUUGUUUAAAGAAGAAAUAAAUAUGCCCCACUUCAAAGACUAACAUUGUCCCUCAAAAAUUGGGCGCUUUAAGCUAAGUUGUAGGUUCCUGUGAUGUUUGAUACAACGCAGGCAAGUCGGCGCCUUUGAAGACACGCUAUCAGUUUCAGCUCCAAAGAAUAAGCACAAACUCUCACGAUCAAAACCAUUUCUUAUAUCAUCAAAGCAACAAGAAAGUAAACCUACCUUUAAAUCCAUUGGAACGUCUCCUUUAGAUUCUCUGCGUGACAGUUUUGAGCCGCAUUUGCUGUUAUUUAGUCGCUCCUGUUUUGCUAGUUACGUUAUCUUGCUGAACUGCUGCGGUUGCUUCUUUCAGUUUCUUCUGGCUCUCUAAAAUAGAAUCUAGUCUCCUGUUCAUGUUUUCCAUCAGGAAAAGUUGUCUUUCUUCAGCAGGACUGCUUGUAGCCAUGAUUGAACCAUAAAAUACGAGUCUAAAGACAAUGAAAACUAAGGGCCAAGCUGACAAAGAACUUUUCGAAAUGAACUGAAGACGCUGUCAAAAUGGUGAUCAAACAUACCGCGCGUGUAGCUGUGGACAUUUGAUUGGCGUUCUAUCGCUGACGUAACUUUAACGUCACAAUAUCCGAACGCGAGUACUUUUCGCGCAUUCGCGCGCGCGCUCAUUCAAAAAGACGAUCAAGAUGAAGGGAUUAGAGAAUAGGGUGUACUUAUCAGCAGCACUUAUCUGGACUUAAGCAUAAAUUCUGGAAUGGAUUUCACGUAAUACUGACGCUUGGGAAGGUCCCGAAGGUGUCCGCUCAAUGGAGGUUUCACAGUAUUAUUAUUAUUUUUUUUUCUAUAGUUAGGUCUUUUUAUCGGGAAAUUGGUACGGAAAAUUAACAGCAAUAGAUUUAUCUCGCCUCAUGGAUCAGAACCUUAUCUUAUUAAAAUCAGCGCAUUGACUGUUAUGCCAUCCACUGGGACUGUUGAAUUGAUUUUUUAUAACUCUAUUGAUAUGGACGUUUUCUUUAUAUGAAUAUUUUACUGAAAUUUUGUGUGUAGUUUUAAUAAGAUUUUAAUAAAGUAUUCUUUUUAUUAUUAAAAAAAGUUAUAGUUUUCAAAAUUGUCACGGUACUUAUUUACUUAUUUAUCUUAUAUUUGUUAUUGCUUAAACAUGACAUAAAGAGUUCAGUGAUUGUACAGUGGGACUCCGAAAUAACGAAGAGCAUUUUUUCCAGUCCCUUGGUCUUUCAUUAUGUCUAGCGGUAUAUAUGGUGAUGUGGUUUAGACCCUAUAGUGUAGGGUGGUAGUGCAAAUAAGACUCUGCCAUAUGGCUGAAUAAUUUUGGUCUUUUGACUAGAGUUGAAUUUUCAUAUUUUCAGUGGCACAGCAUAAUGAUCAAAACACUGACAACUCAUCAGUUUUAAGGAGUCAAAGGGAGGAGGAAUUCUUUCCUUUUACAUCUAAUCCAACUUUUCAAUCUUGGUAAUAAAAAAGGCUAGUGAGCCUCACACUUGCAACGCAAGGUAACUUUCUAGCAUACGCUAAAACUUCAAAAGACUUCUUUUCAAUACAUGAUAUAAACAAAUUGUGAUUUUUAUGAACAGACGGUAAUUUCCCUUUCAUUCACUUCACUUAAAGUAAUUUUUAAUUUUUCUUUUAUUCACUUCACUUAAAGAAUUUUUAAUUUUUAAAUUUUUAUCGUGUAGUCGUAAUUUACGCAGGGCCCCUAUUGAUACCAGCCAAUGGCUGAUAGGGCCACUCUGCCUAAAUAAAGUUGACUUGACUUGACUUGAAUACAGUGGAACCUCGAUAUAACGAGCCUCUGUAAACGUUUUUAUCAGCGUAUAAAGUACGGUAAGUUGAUCGGAGCAUUGAUCCAGUGUGAGUAAGGCGCAAUAAUAGCUAGCCAGAAAAUCCCUCAUUGCAAUUUCUACAGAUCUACACCUACAUGCAUCUACGAGUACUUGACAAGGGUUACCCAUUGCGUCAAAAACAACCAAAGAAAUAAAUUAAUUAAUUAAUGAGACAAACAAUAGCCUUGUUUCUAAACAAUUCAGAAAAGCAUAUAGCGAUUUUACUGGAACGAGAAGUCAAAACGUUAUUUUUCUCGUAUUUGUCUUGUUUUAAGAUAUCUUUGUACAAGGGCAAAUAUAAUGGCAUAUUUGAAUCACAUUUGUCUCACAUUUCCUCAAGACAAAUGUGAUAACAGAUUUGUCUCACAUUUGGGACAUUUGAUGGGUGGACAAAUCUGACAUCAGAUUUGUCUUAGAUUUGUCUUUAAGGUAAAUAUCAAUAAAUUCAAUUUUUCGUCCAGUGAAAUAAUAACCACACUGUUCUUGUCUACUUCAGUUUUUUUGGAGUGGGGAGGGUACGGGUGGAGGUGGGUGCUUAUCAACUUUUCUUCCCUACAAGAUAGGAUGGGUGCUUAUUCGAGAUGGGCUACAUUCUAAUUCGAGGCUGGGCGCUUAAUUGAAUAAAUACGAUAUGUGUUAGACUUUACAUUCCUUCAUCUCCUGAAUUUGCUAAGGAACAGUCAAAUGGAGACGCGAACUUAACCCCCUCCCCUCCCCCUUAAUCUGCAUAAUUCUUCAGAUCAUACUCAGCUUCAUCUAAUAAAUGUUAAAUAGCUAAAUAAAUAUUAAAAACGACUCUAAGUACUGGGUAUAACUGGUAGUAGUAGAAUGGGAUGCUCUAAGGCAAAUAACAAGAAAUAAUCUGUGUAUUGUUCAUAGGUUGAUGUUUAUAGCUUUGGUGUGCUUCUUUGUGAAAUGUUCAUCCGGCAACUUCCAGAUCCUACAAGACGUGAACAGCAAGUUCUGCUGGUGACGAAUCGCGCCUUAAGAGGCCUGGUACGGCGAUGCCUGAAGACAGAUCCUAAAGCGAGACCAACCAUGCAGGAGAUCAUCGAUGAACUAUCCAGAACUGUGUAA